AUGAAGUUCGCUGGAAGCAUCGUUCUGGCUACACUAGUAGCUCUUGCCAGCGCUCAGCCGGACCCUCAACACUACCGGCAUCUCAACGGUAAAAGAAAAAGUAUUUCCCAGAGAGGUUUCAAACAUUCUGACCGGAUUCUACCUCUUCGACGAAGUACCGUUGCCUACACUUUGGAAACCCCUGGCCUUACUGUCAGAAGAACAAGGGACAGUGCGGCGACUGGGAUCACCUGCAGUAAAAUGUAUGAUACGAUGCCAUCCAUAGUUGCUUUCGAGACAAGCAGACUGGUUCGAAAUCUAAGAACUGUUUAG